GUGAAUUUUUCCAGUUACGCUUGCGACGCGGUGACUUCCGCUGUCUCCGGUGGAAAUUGAGAUACACAAAAAAAUCUCAUUGAUUUAAAUAAGUCCAUGCUUUAGAUUGAUACACCAGUUUAGCAAGCAUGGCGGUGGCUCGGGCUAAAUUAUCUCCACUGGUUAGAAACAGUUGUUCAUUGCUUUCACGCCAUGCAAAUGUUAUAGCGCCGACGACAGUUGAAGGGCAAAGAAAUCUGACAGCUCACCCGAAAUAUGUGAAACCGUAUCCAGAAUGGCUGCCCUUUAAUUUCUUCGCUUCCUUCUUGGAUAUCACAAGCAAGAGAUUGAAUGACAACAGCAGAAUGAUUUGCAUCGAUGGGCCACCAUGCGUAGGGAAGUCUGCGUUCGCAAAACAAAUGGCUGAUCAUUUUAAAAUGCAACACUAUCCAGGCUAUCAACCAGAAGAUUGGUACAUGAGGAAUGGUUUCGAUUUACGGCGAUUAAACACUCUGAUUCAUAAACCAAAACUGAAGUUCUUGGACCUGGAUGAUUUCUAUUUGAAUGCCACACCAAACAAAUAUUUGAGUUCUAAGCAGCUUGAAAUUCUGAGGUGGAGGUUUUACCAGUAUGCUGAAGCACUGCGCUAUCUGUUGAGCACAGGUGUUGGAACAAUUGUUGAGACAAAUGUAUGGAGUGAUAAAGUCUAUGCAGCAACUUUAGCUGAAAUGGGUUAUUUCUCCCGGAAAGGUUACCGAUACUAUGAGGAAUAUCUCAGCAACAUCUUGAACUACAUGAUGAGACCAAGUCUUGUCAUUUACUUGGAUGCCCCAACCAAGUGGAUCAUUACAGAAAUGAGGAAAAAGAAUCCAAAGUAUGAGAAUAGCCCAGUUCUGACAGAGGAUUACAUCAACAGAUUGAAGGACAACUACCACAAGCUGUAUCUUGAGCCAAUGAAAAAGCACUGUGAGAUCCUGGAGUAUGAUGUGACUGACAUGGAGGACAUUGACUUGGUGUUUAUGGACCUGGAGCAGGUGGACCUGAUAUCUCGGCAGCCUGGAGACCAGAUCAAGUACGCCAACUGGAGGCUGGACAAGGAGGAGGACUGGAGCAUGUUCAGGCUGCAGAUCUCCAACGAUGCCCGCCUGAGGAAGAUGUGCACUUGGCGGCCAGCCUUUGAUGUACCAGAGUUGUAUAUGAGUGAAGAUGACACACUGGAUUUGGAAUCCGUCCUCAGCCAAUUCCCAGAGCUUGUGGGCAGAGACAUCUUUGCUGACCAGGUCACUCAGGUCAACCCUUUGACCCUAGCAAAGGGGUCAUACCUUGACCCCUCUGUCAAAUAGAUGACCCCUAGUGGACAUUGUUACCUCUGACAUGCAUGCCCCCUUUGAAGCUAUGUGGUCAGGAAUUCAGUGCUUUUUUUAUUUAAACGCACGCUUAAACUUGUGAAGUAUUGUGUGAAAAAUUCAUGGAAAUAUCAAUAGUGAUUAAAAAUUAUUUGAUAUUAUGGAAACAUGCAUGCAAAGAUUCAACUAUAAAAUAAAGAAAGAUUAAUUUUUUAGGACCUUUAAAUUACAUGUGAAGAUGGAUAUGAACAUUAAUGUGAGCUAUUGACAGAGGUUCUAGUUUUCUGGAGUAUUUGUAUG